AUGCAUUUACUGAGCAUUUUUAUUGUGCUCGGCCUGGCGAUCCUCCACACUGCUGAUGCGGCUGGAGCGGACUCAUGGCGAAGCAGAUCAAUCUAUCAGGUCAUGACAGAUCGUUUUGCGCUCACCAAUGGUUCCACGACCCAGACUUGUGACACCGGAGACGGUCUGUAUUGCGGCGGCUCGUGGGCAGGUCUCAUCAACCGUCUCGAUUACAUUCAAGGCAUGGGGUUCGAUGCUGUGUGGAUCUCACCCAUCACCACUCAACUUGAGGGCAACAGUGGCGACGGAUCUUCCUAUCACGGAUACUGGCAGACGGAUAUCACCACUGUUAAUCAUCAUUUCGGGACUCAAUCAGACCUCCAGGCACUGGCUGCAGCGCUACAUUCCCGUGAUAUGUAUCUCAUGGUAGAUGUUGUGACGAAUCAUUAUGCGGCUCUCGCGGCGCCUGCCAAUGUCGACUACAGCGUGAUGGUACCAUUCAAUUCGCAGGACCACUACCACAGCUAUUGCUCCAUUGACUACAACGACUACCAGAAUACGAGCCAAGUUGAGCAAUGCUGGAUGGGCAGCACCACCGUACCACUUCCUGACCUCCGGACAGAAGAUGCUGAGGUGCAAGCCGUGUGGAAUUCCUGGGUCUCUGACAUCAUUUCCACCUACUCCAUCGACGGUCUUCGUAUCGACUCGCUCAUGCAAGUCAGCAAAAACUUCUGGGCAGGUUUCCAGGCCGCCGCCAACGACAUCUACUCGUUAGGAGAAGUGUACAUCAUCGACAACGACUUUGUUUGCGGAUACCAGGAUUAUGUCCCCGGAGUGUUCAACUACAUGAUCUACCAACCACUUGUGGAAGCCUUCAGCGGCACAGGUACCAUCGCGGCAUUGGCAGAUGCCGUCAGCGUCCUCAAAGCGGGUUCGUGUAAGGAUACCUCUGUACUCGGUACCUUUUCCGAAAACCACGACCAACCUCGUUUCGCCCAACGGACGGGCGAUUGGGCACUGGCGAAGAAUGUCAUUGCCUUCACCAUGCUUACCGAUGGCAUCCCCAUCAUCUAUCAAGGCCAAGAGCAGCAUUACAAUUCCGUCGGCGGAGUCAGUUAUCCUUGGAACCGUGAAGCUCUGUGGUUCUCCGGCUACAACACCAACGCCGAGCUCUACCUCUUCAUCAAGAGCAUGAACGCCAUCCGGAAAAAUGCCAUAUCCGACGAUACCACCUAUCUCACCUACCAGAACUACCCCGUCUACACCGACACGUCCACCAUUGCAAUGCGCAAAGGAGCCAUGCUCACCGUCCUCUCCACCCUCGGCGAGAGCGGAGCCAACUCCACCUUAUCGGUGCCUGAAAGCGGCUAUGAUGAUGGUGUACAAGUCACUGAACUCUUGACGUGCAAUACCCUCACGUCUGCGACCGGAACUCUGGCAGUUCCCAUGUCCAAUGGCUUGCCGAGGAUCUACUACCCGACUGUGGGUCUCGCGGGCAGCGAUCUUUGUGCUGGUAACACCACGGCGAAGAUUAAGUUGCGGAAUUCGAGACUGUUCCAUUUCAGUCAGGGAAGCGACUGA